UGAUGCUUCUUCUUGGGACAAGAUUUGACGCGUGUUUAACAUCCGCCGUGAUUGAUGAUGAUGGCCGGCAUGUUCUUGGACGUGUCCUCUAACUAGGUUAUUAUGUGAAUGGAUUUUUCUGAUCCUUGGGACGAGUUAGUGCGAUCUUAACAUGUGCUAUUUUGCGGAUAUAGGAGACUUUCGCACUCACAUUGACACUUCUUAAGGAAUUGCUAAAACUUCGACAAGAUCAAGGAACUCUGCAACAUGCACAGCAGGAACGGCGUGUGGGAAGCCCCAUUUUUGCUCCUGCUUUCAUCUUUCUUCAGCGUUUACGUUACAGGUGCCCUUGUGGGAGUCUCGGAAAGUUCCAAGUCUCGGUUUGUGGAAUCUGUGAAACCUAUCGUGCAAAGGCCAUAUUUCGAUGACGUCGGCCCUAGAAACGUCACCGCCGUCGUGGGCCAGUCAGCUUUGCUCAAUUGUCGAGUCAAACAUCCAGGAGACAGAAGGGUCUCCUGGAUGCGUAAACGCGACCUCCACAUCCUGACCUCUGACAUCCACACAUACACCGGAGACGCUCGUUUCAGCGUCCGCCAUCCGGAGCACAGCGACGACUGGGAUCUGCGCAUUGCUUACGUGCAGAAACGCGACGCCGGCGUCUACGAGUGUCAGGUGAACACGGAGCCUAAGAUUAAUCUCGCCAUCACGUUGAACGUCGAGGACGCGUCCUCUCUUGCAGCAACACAUCCGGACCCUCGCUCCAAAGAUGCCCAAGCGACGAUAUCCGGCCCGCCGGAAGUCUACGUGAAGAAGGGCAGCACGAUAUCGCUCACGUGUUCCGUGAACGUCCAUUCGACUCCUCCCUCGUCGGUCCUUUGGUACCAUGGUGCUUCCGUGGUGGACUUCGACUCGCCUCGUGGGGGAAUCAGUCUCGAAACGGAAAAAACGGAGGCCGGUACCACCAGCAAAUUACUGGUCACUAAAGCUCUACUUUCCGACUCCGGAAAUUACACUUGCAUGCCGUCCAACGCCAGUCCCGCAUCGGCCGUCGUCCACGUCCUCAAUGGGGAGCACCCGGCAGCGAUGCAGACGAGUCGAGCAGGCGUGCGACGGGAAAUGGCCCUUUUGGCGACAUUUUCUCUGCUGGUGGUGACCUCAGUGAGAUGAUUACGUGGCCCUUAAGAAAUAUAUCAAUCAACAAUACGCUCAUAACGAACUAGUGCUAAAAUCGGUGUAAAUAAAACAAUUAAGUGGUGAUAUCGAUGGACUGAAAACGGACUUGACUUGAUUUUUGGUGCUAAAGUGGACGUAAAAAUAAAAUAAAAGGUUGUGAAUGUGACGAAGGGAUGAACGUCCAUUUCUUGUAUAUAGUGUGAUUCAUUUGAUAUUUAAUAGACUCAAAAGCACUUUAGAUUAUUCUAGAAUUAUUCAUUGUAACAAUUAUUAUUACAUGUUGAUAUUAUGUAGAUUUAUUGUUAUCCCUAUCAAAUUUUUAUUCUACCUACUGAUUUUUUUACGUUAGUCAUCCAUGGUUUGUCUUUGCUGCGCUCUCGGUGUAAAACUUUCAAUACAACUGGAAACUUUGAACGAUUUAUGUCCCGAUGUUUUAUGUAAAAUUUUAAAACAUGUUCUAUAAGAAUACCUAUAUCUCGCUUAGAGCAAACUAUUUUUGAUUUAUGCAACGACAAACUUGGUUGAACCACACAAAUUCGGAAAAUCAAAUCUUGGCAAUAUUACUUCAGAAAAUUGUUAACUAUUCUGACAUUUUAUUCAUAUUUUUAUAAAAAUCGUUCUACAGUGUAAUAAAGAGAAUCUCAACUUGUAAUUAUCAUCUUGUA